AGCAAAGCAGAGUGAGCGUUGCUUCAGAAACGGGAUUUAGGAACAAACAAACAGCCUUCAAUCAUUUUGUUCUAAUCUCCGCCAUAAUUAAUCUCAUUCCUUUUCUACUUUCAUUUAAAAUCAAAAUAAAGAAUUCCAGUUUUGUUUGAAAGAUAAGAAAGAUCAAAGCUAUUAGCUUCUUCCCUUUUUAUCAUUUGAGUGAACAACAAAAUCCCAUUGAUAAAGGAGUUGCCAAUGCCAUUUGAUUGCUUUACUUUUUGAGCUCUCAUAGUCAUGGCCGACGAUCUCUGUUUCUUCACCAAGGAUUCUUUCAUCCUAAAGUCGCCAAAGAAGUCUCCAUUGGUGUUGAGGACGGUUGUAUUGUUUUUUGUAAUGGUUUGUGGAGUGUAUAUCUGCACGAUUUGUUUGAAGCAAAUAAGCACUGGCAGCACCACUGAAUUUUUGAAUUUUAGAGUGGUCCAAAAGCCCUGUCCAGAACCUAAUAUUGAGCCAUGGGAAAUUCCUUACGUACACUAUCCGAACCCCAAAACUUAUAGCAGGGCUGAAUGUGCCUGCAACCCAGUCCGGUAUUUUGCCAUUAUGUCAAUGCAGAGAUCCGGGAGUGGAUGGUUCGAGACAUUAUUGAACAACCAUACUAACAUAAGCUCAAACGGGGAGAUAUUUUCUGUCAAAGUUAGGAGGAGUAAUGUGUCAACAAUUUUUGAGACUUUGGACAAAAUUUAUAACCUAGACUGGAUGAGUAGUGCCUCAAAAAAUGAGUGCACAGCUGCAGUUGGCUUGAAGUGGAUGCUUAAUCAGGGACUGAUGCAACAUCAUAAAGAAAUAGUAGAAUACUUUAAUACUCGGGGUGUUUCAACUAUUUUCCUCUUUAGAAGGAAUCUUCUGCGCAGGAUGAUUUCAAUACUAGCAAAUUCUUAUGAUCGGGAUGCUAAACCACUAAAUGGAACCCACAAGUCUCAUGUUCAUUCACCUUAUGAGGCUGCAAUACUUGCUAGUUACAAGCCUGUAGUCAAUGUCACAACGCUGAUUCCAAGCCUAAGGCAGGUCGAAGAGACAACUAAGAAAGGUUUGGAGUACUUCAAAAGCACACGGCACAUCAUUCUUUACUAUGAGGAUGUAGUAAAGAACCACACUAAGUUAGCCGAGGUCCAAGAAUUCCUAAAGGUUCCAAAGAGGGAGUUGAAGAGUCGUCAAGUAAAGAUACACAAGGGAUCGUUAUCCAAUCACAUUCAGAAUUGGGUUGAUGUUGAAAAGGCACUCAAUGGAACUAAGUAUGAAAGUUAUCUACAUGCAGAUUACAGGAAGUAAAGCAGUGGCAUUGAUGUACAUUCCAUUUUUGACCCAUUUCCACUCUUCCUUUGUUUCGGAUCUCCAAGUGACAGGCACCAACAGUGAACCUACCAAGCUGAACUCUGUUCGGAUUUUGGGUACACGGCAUGCAUCAUUUUGCUUUUAAAUUUUAACCUUACACUCACGCCUUCGUAUUCUUUUCAUUCUUUUGUUUUUCAGUUGAUAUAGCUUUGACAGAAAACUGCUGUAUUUAUGCCCAAUCAAAGGAGAAACUUGCCUUUUUGCGUUGUAUAUGUUAAUAUGAAUACGUUCAAGUUUUUAAAAGUUGAAGCAGGGAGACCUCCCACAUUCAAAGUUCCUA